CAAAAGAAUUCUUGCAAAUUGGUAAUUUUUUGUUGUCAAAAUGGCUUCAACAUCUCAGAAGCCGAAAAAGGGCAUUUUAAAACACUCAGGAAGUAUAGAUCAUAGAUCACUGAAAAAAUCCAAGUCUAAAAAAUCCAAUUCAUCCUCCUGUUCAUGUUUUGAGUCUGAUGAUAAUAAGAAAGAGAUAGAAUGGGAUGAGAUGAACAUCCUUGCCACAUAUCAUCCUCCAGACAAAGACUAUGGUUUCAUGAAGGUAGAUGAACCCCCCACUCCUUACAACCGGGCAGCUGUAUCUGACACUGAGGAUGAGACUGGUGGGGAAAGAAAAGGAAGUGUUACCUCCCUUGGAGAAUUGGACCCAGCUUUGUUAGCCAAGAGGCUGGAGGAUAAAGGGGAGACCAGUAAAGAAAAACACUUUUAUGGUGUCACAGAUGAUGAUGAUGAUGACGCUGAACAUGAGAAUGAAACAGAAGAGGAAAGAAAAAAGAGGAAAGCAUUUCUGCUUAAGAGGAAAAUGCAUUAUAAUGAAUUCCAGGCAGUUCAGCUAGCAAAAAAAUUAAUGGCAGAAGAGGAUGACGAUGAUGAUGCCUUAAAUGCUAAAGCAGAGUCCUUAGAAAAAGGUAACAGCCAGGCAUCUGAUAAUGUUCCAGAGAAUGAUGAGGCUGAUGAAGAAGAUUGAACAUUGUUGGCCCUCAGUAAUUGCCUAAUUUGUCUUCAUUAAUUAUGCACAUUCAUGUGUAAAAGCAAAGACUGAUGGUAAAAAAAGACCUAGAGAGAUAAAGGGGUGCUAGCUUAAAAAAUGAACUCUCUAGAAAGUGUGUUGGCCAUUCAUUAGGAAUUCACAACAUAGUCUUAUCCUCUUACUGAAAACAAGCAUGACAACCGUUGUGCAAGUUUGUUAACACCAAACAUUGUUUGUUUUUUAAUAGGAAAUGUAGUUUUGUUUUUUAAAUGUUGUUCAAUGUACAUUAUUUUAAAAAGAGCACAUAUGUGAGUGGCUGUAAGGGAGUUGUCUUUCUUUGUGUAAGAGUGAUUGGUUAGGUUUGGAUUGUUUAGACAAUGUUUAUGUUCUAUUGUGUUCUAUGCAGCAUGGUUAUUUUGAUGUCAAUGGAAGAAUAUCUGAGGAAAGAACUAAAAACUUGUAUGAAAUAGCAAUAGAACUUUUGCUGAACAUUACUUCAGUUCACUUUCUGUAAGCAAUAGUAUAUUAAAGUCUUAUUUUAUAUUGUUUUCAAUAUUUUAUAUUAUUCCUCUAUUUUGCCACUGAAGUAUCAGGUACUUUUUAACUGCUCUGGUUUUAGAAGCACACAUGAAAAUAUGAAUUGGUGUGACAGUGACUGUGGAAGUAAUAUUACUAAAGAAUGAAAGAAAGAUUUCAUUUGAUUUUGUUUUACUCGAAUAGUGUCAGAUAUUUAAAUUUCACAUCAGUUUUGUCUUUGUGCUGCAUAAUGGUGUUACAUUUUUUCUGCUCCAGAUAAAGCCAAGUCAGUUAAGCCCAAGGCAUGGUGAGUGUCCAUAACACUUUCACUUGGCUAAUAGUUGAUUUGGUUCAUUUUUAGUUUCUUGCCAAUUCUUUGGUUGACAAAUAUGUUUUAUUUUUAAUGAUCAAACAAUCAUGUCCCUCUUUGUUUGGAUAUUCCUAUUAAUGCUAAACUCUGUUUGCUCCCUUGGUGACACAAGUUAAUAGCUAAAUAUUCCCUUGAUCCAUGUAUUUGGAUUUAUUGUUUUUAGAGCUUUAGUUUUGAACUACCAAGAUUUCUGUUGAUACUGUUUGAAUGAAAUACAAACCUAUUGAAUUACUUAGCUUAACUGCACAGACAUGUUUGUCUCAGUUUAAAAUAUUUCUUUUGUAUUUCAUUUCUCUUAAUGAGCUUUAAUAGCCAUGUUGGUCUUUCAAGUAGUACACACAACUUAUUGGUUGAUAUUUGUUUGACCCAUGUAUUUGUGAUACUAGUUCUCAUUCUAAUGAUGAUGUCAUUGUUAUUAUGUGAUGAGAUUCUUAUGUUUUAUUAUGUGGUAGCAAAUAGGUGAUUUGUUUGGAUUAGGGAAUCUUUUAAUGUUAGUUUUAUUGACAUUUUAGAAUGAUUGAGUUGGUAUUCUCUAAGAGAGACAGAGACUCAACAAAGUUAAACACAAGCAUUCUCUUCUUUACCCCCCCUCCCCCCAUCCUUUUUCUCAUUGUUUUGGAAGUUCAUAGGUUAAACUACUUAAACUUGAACAGUAACACUCAAGUAGUGCCAUUAGAAUUAGUUCUUAAGACUUUGAGCUACAAGGUUUGAAUGAUGAGUGGGAAAUGGGGAAAAUUUAAUCAACACGACAUUUGCAUUAGCAAUGCAAGGCUAGGAGUUGAAACUCUGUGUUUUGAAAAGCUGAUUCUAGAAACAUAUCUUGGAGUUAAACUUGCCCAAGCAAGAAGAAUUAGUCAUAGUUGACUGAUCACUACCUGAACCUACAUGCUGCAAUUUUUCAAGUGUUCAAUUUUGGAUGAUGUUUUGGUUGUGAGAUUAGUUAAAUCAAAGUUGUUGUAUUUUUUCUUUGUCUUGUUUUUGUUUUCAUCUCAAUGUAGCAAUCAUUUCAAUUUCAUAGUUCAAUGUAUUUUGAUUGUUUAAUUAAAUUGUUAAUACUUUGUUAGAAUUGAAUAUAAAAAGUGUGUGUUAUAUUACUAGUUUCUUGUCCGCAACAAAAUAUCAAAUAUAAUUACUUAUCUUAAUAGUGUGACAAUCAGACUUGACUAAAUCACAUGGUACAUCUGGAAAAUCAUUGUGCAGUAACCAUUUCAUUCCAGCAGACUUAUUUGGUAGAGUUCAUCUUUUAUUUUGGUAGUCUCAGCCUUACUAAUGAGUGACCUCUUCCUACUUUAUUUUGGCCAUCCCACUUCCCUCUUAGUCUGAGACAUUACUUGUAAGACGUUCCAGCUCACUUCUACCUUUUAGUGUCUAUGGCAAUGGGCUUAACUAUUCAUAUCUAUCUUUUAGCUUGGGGGUGGAACUUGUGACACUGAUUACUACACAUGAAUUAAACAUGAAGUUGCACUUUAAAACAAAAAAAAAAACAUCUUUAUAAGUCCUGGGUUGAUUUUUACUUAUUUUAAUCUAUAAACCAUGAGACUUUGUUCUAGAAAUAAUCAAUGGAUUGGAAGGAGAAAAUGCCAAUGUAAAUUUUGUCACCUAAGGAAAUAUUCAUGAACAAAAGUAUGUAAGAUUUCGUUAGUGUAUAGCUGUGUAAACUGCUUUUUUUUUUAAUUUCCCAGGUGUAUGGUAACUUGAUAGCUACUCUAACAGGCAUGAAAGCCUGGGCUAUUUGAACAUAAUAAGUGACUAUAUCCUGUCAACACAAGUCUUAUGUUGUUUUCAAACUUGUCUUAAUGUAUGACUUUAAAGUCAGAUAAUACAGAUACACUUGUACUUGGAAAGUUUGUGUUUCACUGUUCCUUAUUUACUUUUUUUUUUGUUGGCUGGUAACAAAAAAUAUUUUAUCAUUUGUAUUUCUUUUCCAACAUUGCAUGUUGGAAUCAAAGGAAUUGAAUUGUUUACAGAAACAAUCAAUAACUAUCACCCAUUUAGACAAUGUAAUCAAGUAUUUCAAGUUAGAUAGAUUAGUCCUAUAGACAAGUAAUUCUGUGUAGAAUGAUCCUAUUACAUCUCCAUUAAAUGAAAGAGAAUCUACUUUAAAGUCUUCUGUUGUGUAAUGGAGCAUUGCUGAUUUCUUCCAUGUAAAAUUGCAAGGGCAUAAUAAAUGAGUCAUUGUUGUGUUCAUAGUAAGUAGACUGACUUGUUAAAUCUUGUCAAUGAGUUUUUAAAGCCUGCAUGCUCAUCUCAUCAAGUUUGGUUCUACCACAAUGAAAACUUUAUGCAACUCUUUGCUUGAUAUUUGAUUAUUAUGACUUGGUACUUUUGUUACACAUCAAAAUAUUGUCUGAGUUGGUAUACACUAGUAUUGUCUGCCAGGUGGUGCUAUAGCAAGUGUACUUUGGUUUUUCCAUACUUGAUACUAUUAAUCAAAUAACUAUUUAAAAAUCAGAUUUAUCUAACAACAAAGUGCUCCAAGAGAUUAACAAUACAUUAAUUUGUUGUAACACCACCUAGUAGAAUUAUCCUUUUCCUUCAUCCAGUAAUUCUCUUGGAAGCUUAAUUUAGUUUGAUAUCGCCACUUUCAUAGAUUAUACAGGAACCAAAAAUUAAAAACUUUUACAAAAUCUAAUAAUAAGCCAUUACAUUUGAAACAGAGAACUUUACUAGUUCAUAGUCACACAUUUAAGAUGAUAACAAAAUGAACUAUUUUAAAUCUUUAAUUUUUUUUUAUUCCUUACAAAUGUAUUGUUGAGGUCAACCUUUUUAAAAAAUGUUUUUAUAUGUAUUAUCUGAAAAAACAACUGCAUCUAAGUAUGAUAUCACUCAAAUACUGAUCACUUGGUUGUUGACAGUCUGAGUAUGGAAAGGUGAAUUGUAGUAAAAUGUCUCUUGUACUCUACUCUAGUUUACAAAUGCUGUUACUUUUAAUUCUCUGUUCAGUGUUUUAUUUCCAAGUUGUUUGCAACCAGCUGUUCUAUUAAACUGCUCAUUGUAAAUAACAUUCAAUGUUGCUUUGAUGUGUUGCAGUUAUAUCUAGUUACUUAGUCCUUUACAACAGUCCUACCCAACCAGCCUGUGGGACAUUGGACUUUUGCAAAACAACACAAGAGGUUAGGCAUCAAAAUACCCAAUACUAAAAGAACACAAUUUAUGUGUUUGUUCUACAAAAGGUCUCUAUUUGCUACAGAAGCUUGAAUGUCAAGUACUACAUAUCACUUAGUAGGAUAUUUUCUGUUGUGAAAAGAUUAAAGAGCAGAUUCAAAGGGCUAUUAAAAACUUAAUUUUUACUCAAUUCCUCUGGAAUGAGGUUUUGUUUUUGUUUAAGUUAUGUAUGGCUUGGAAGCAAUAAAAAAAAGAAGUCUUGUCAAGUCAGAAACUGGUGACCACAAAAGAUGUGCACAUUAGAAGUUGUGACAUGCAUAACAUUAAAUAACUUGCAUCCAAGAGGCUGAUCAAAUUACAAUGACUCCCUUAAGUCCUAUCAAUAAAGCUUCCUUUUCACAUCUUCAUCCAAACAGAUAAGAAGAACUCAAUGUUUCUGGACUGAAGCAACCUUUAUUUACAUGGAGGAGGUCAUUAAGACAUGAAUGAAAUGUUCCUAAAUCUAUGUAAAGAUGAUCUAUAAAUCAGAGUGGAACUUUGUCAAACUGAUAGCAAGAUGUAAGCAAGAUAACUGUAAUGUUUUUUUUUAGUUAUGUUUGAAUCAUAAUGUAGAAUAUUUCUAUUUUAAUCUUUAAUUUUGUUAAAAAUCAAAUGAAAUGAAAUUAUUAAAAUCAAAGAAACUACAGGCAAUUUUUCUCUGCAACUUCUGCCAAGAAUUAACUUUGAAUAUCUAUAGACUAGCAUAGCUUUUUAUUUCAUUUUAUAAUUGUUUUUACUUGUCAUUCAAACUAUUUUAAUUGAAUAAAAAUGCAUUCACUACAAAAAGACUAAACCUUCCAUCUCAUUGUGUGGGCCAAACAUUGCCUUGGUUGUAAGUGAAGUGCAACCCCAACUCUCCCCCUUUUUUUAGUUCUUUGGUUGACUAAGCAAAUGAUUAUUACAAAGACUAUUGAUAGAUGAAUGUGACUUGUGUUGUAAGUAAUAUUUGACAAUGUCAUGCUAGAGAUCUAUGUACUUGACACACAGGACAUUAAUAUCUAAAUCCAAAUAUAUUUUUUUAAAAGCAUUUUAUCAACUAUGUGACUUGGACUAUUUCACUUCUCCAUGCCAGUCAUUUGGCCAGUAAUAUAAGUUGCUGGGUUUUUUUUUUCCUUUGUUCCUAGUGCUCUAAUACUAGAUCUUACCAUUAAAAUUCUAUGUACAAAGUAAAAUGGAUGUGGUAAAAUAAUACAUUCAGUCAAAAUAUUUAUUUCUAAUGAUGUGUACAUGUUGAACAAAGCAAAAUUUGCUCGUGGAACUGUUUUGCUUGUAAUAGGUGUGAUUAUAUUUCUUCUGAAUUAAAUCAGGCUUUUUAUUUUUUAAGCUACCAAUGCUAUUGUAUUUUUAACAUACAUCAAGAUUGGGUAACUCAAGCUCUGACAAGCCCUUUCCCCAUUGUCUCCCUUAAAUUUAAGUAUUUUGUUUUAUGUUAGAAUAAAAACUUACCACAAAAGGAAA